GGACCGCAGUCAUAUAUGUCUAUCUGCUCCGAUUCAGGAGUAAAAUGGGUUUCACAAAAGAUUGGCAUCCCUGAUUUCAAUCACAGCGCCUCCUCACUGGCGACCGUCGUUUCUCGCGGACUGAAGAUGCAACGAAUGAACAGACACCCGAGGCCCGAACCAGAUCAUGAGACCGCUUGGUCCUAUACUAAAGCUUACUUCGAACAUACUGUGGAAGCAGACAUUGGAACAAUCAAUCGCCACGCCUUUGAAGCUCGUCUACAAGCCCACAUGGGAAGAAACGAGAUCUCAGACCCCGACGAGGACCCGGCUUGGUAUGCGCUUCGGAACAUGGUUUACGCCUUUGGAUGCAGAUUUGUGCUCUGCCAAAAGAUAUCAAGAGACGCAUGGGCAGAAGCCCAGAAUGAAUCUUGGAGAUUCUUCGAAAACGCUCUGUUAGUGCAUACCGAGCUGGUGUAUUUCCCCUCGAAUACCUCUGCGAUUGAGGCUUUGUUGGUUAUGGCACUCUUCGUAGAAGGGAUGGGGGUGCCUAAACUUGAGUACAUGCUCAUCAGCAAUGCCCUGCGACUAGCUCAAUCAAAAGCACUUCAUUUACAACCACCGCCGUCUACUAGCAUCCCACCGGCCGAAAUGACAUAUCGUAGUUGGCUUUGGUGGUCAAUCUACAUUUACGAGAAACACAUUGCAUAUCGAUCUGGACGGCCUUCCGCAAUAGAUGAUGACGAGAUUACAUGUGUACUACCCACAUUAGCACCAAAUGGGAGGGAAAUACAUGUUCAACUGUUCACUUCUUUCAUCGAGCACGCACAGAUUUCAUCAUCAACCAUGAGACACUUAUCGCGAGCUAAGUCUGGGCAACGAUCUCCUGCUGAAUUGGUCAGCACGGUAGAGAAGCUUGAUAGACGACUGCAUUCUUGGUAUCAGAGUAUUCCAGCGGCUCUUCGUUUGGACCUACCCUUCAAGAAAUCCAAUCUCCCAGAUGGAGCCCAGCUCGAACACCUACUAUAUCUCCACUUCGCCUACCAUGGAAGUUUGAUAUCCAUCCAUUCUUUCUUUGGAUACCCAUGGAACCUGAUAGGCUUUGCCUCCGACUCAAGCACUGAUCUUCGAGAGAGAAUGGAAUCGAGCACCAGAAUCGUCGCUGAAGCGUCACGGAACUUAGUCUUGGCAACAAGAGACAUCAGCAUUGACGCCGAGGCUCCUGCAUGGCUCAUCUUUUAUUACCCCAUUCUCGGCAUGAUCAACCUAUUCAUUCACAUUCUCAGAUUUCCUACGCUACCAACGAUUCCCUCCGAUAUUCAAUUGAUGGACAUGAUCGCCGCAUAUUUUGGAUAUAUCGACUUUUCAACGGCAUCACGACUUUCGUUUCCGUUCACCAGGGAUAUUGCACACUGGGCCCGUAUGGUCUCUGAAAAGGCUCGAUCGACGCAGGCAACGACCACCGUGCCCAGUAUGCGAGCAAUGACGCCUCCAGGGAGCACCGCAGAGACAUUCGGAAAUGCCGCAGAGGAUGAUUUUACGGCCCAGGUAUACAUCCCCCUCGAUUUCUUCAACGUAUGGCCUCAAGUCCGUCUUCCCCAGUCAUAUGUUGUAUACUAAUUCUGGAUACUUUAGCUUGCGAAUUUUGAUCCCAUUGAAUUUGGAGGAGUCGAAGA